CAAUAAUUCUUACAUUCUGCUCGCGCAGGUGCAACGCUUGGCUCUGAACUAGCCGCUGUAGGAAAGCUAAGGGGAAAAUCACCCGUUUCGUGAUAAACCCUGCGCUUAUCUUGAAUAGCGGGGCUGUGUUCAUUACAACAGGAGACACAGAAAGAACGGAGCUUAUUUAUCCAUUACGAGAUGGCAUCUGCAAAUGCGACAUAUGGACAGAAGGAAUCCUCGGACCAGAAUUUUGAUUACAUGUUUAAAAUCCUCAUCAUUGGCAACAGCAGCGUGGGAAAAACCUCCUUCCUCUUCCGCUAUGCAGAUGACUCGUUCACACCGGCGUUUGUCAGCACGGUGGGAAUCGACUUCAAGGUCAAGACCAUCUAUAGGAACGACAAGAGGAUAAAACUACAGAUCUGGGACACUGCUGGUCAGGAGCGCUAUAGAACGAUCACCACAGCCUACUACAGGGGAGCAAUGGGCUUUAUCCUCAUGUACGACAUCACCAACGAGGAGUCCUUUAAUGCUGUGCAAGACUGGUCGACCCAGAUCAAGACGUACUCAUGGGACAACGCCCAGGUCCUCCUGGUGGGAAACAAGUGUGAUAUGGAGGAUGAGCGGGUUGUGGUGUCUGACAGAGGGCGCCAGCUGUCAGAGCAACUUGGUUUUGAGUUCUUUGAAGCAAGCGCUAAAGACAACAUCAAUGUGAAGCAGACAUUCGAGCGACUGGUGGACAUCAUCUGUGAGAGGAUGACAGAGACUAUGGACAACAACGACCAAACGGUCACCGGAGCAAAGCAGGGGCCACAGCUCAAUGAGCAGCCCCAAAGGUCUCACCAAGAUUGCGCUUGCUGAAUGCACACAUACUCGCAUAUGCACACACACACACACAGAUACUGCUUGUCCUGAUUUUUCAAGUUUGUUUUUUUUAGUCUGGAUCUUGCCGUUUGUUCUUUUUAAAAUGCAGAUACAAAACGUCCCUGCACAUAAACACUGCCAUCCAUCCACAGCCCCACACCAGGAGCACAGUCUGCCGAGAGCCGGGCCUUCCAGGGACUGUCCUUCUGCUCAGCAACAUUCCCCGACUCUUUCACACACUUCUUAAACACACUAAGCUGUAUGUUACCAGAUGUGCAACAGUUGUAAUUAUUGUCCCUCUGAAAAGGUGUUUGUUGCUGAAGUCUGUUCAUGUAGGCGUGUUUUAGAAUAUCUGAAAUCCUCUUUUUAGUUUUGUGGUGGACUUUUUAGGGAGAUUUUGGACCCAAGUUUGAUGUUCAGGCAGAGUUGUUCUUAAAUUAAGAAAUUAUUGAAUUCAUUUAAAUAUUUAUCUUCAAUGGAUCUCAAAAGUGUUCAAACCUAUGUUUAAAAUGCAGGGUUUUAUGACUUAAAGAAAGGCCAUGAUAAAUUAUCUCAAAUUAUUUUUCUUUAUUAAUGAGACAUACAUCCUGUAUAAUCCAACUGAAAACAAUUCUGCUUUAGUAAAAGAAAAAAAUGGAAAGG